GGUGGGGCAGGGUGUUGAUGCCACUUCAAACAGUGAUCUGAGAGAGCUGCUUUGAGGGAAGUUCACGGAGGCCCGAGUGGAGGGAGGUGAGACGGUGGCCUAUUUGGCUUUCCUGGCUAUUCCAGGUGUGGGAGCCGAGUAGAUGUACUUGAUCGCAAUCCUCUUCUGCUCAAAUCCCUCCCCAGGCUUGCCUUUCCAAAAGCCAAGACUUUCAAGUGGUCAAAAGACCCUCUUGCAGCUGACCCCAUUUUCUCACAGAACUCAGUCACUCCCCUUCCCCCUCUCCUCCUCCCCACUGCUUGUUAUUUUAGAACACAGACGGCUGGCUGACUCCCUCACCUCCCUCAAGUCUCAGCUCCACUUUACCUUUCCCCGGUGAGGGGAAAAUUGAGCCACCGCCUCACCCCGCCCCUUUACAACCCUUCCUAGCUUUAUGCAGCUCCACGUGGCACUUGUCACUCUGGAAGGCACUCUGCAUUUUACAUAGUUCUCUUGUAAACCAUCUCCCCAAACCGGUGAACUGGGGGAGGCCAGGGAUUUUUGUCUGUUUGGUUCACUGUAGCACACCCCCAGUGUUUAGAACAGGGCCUGGCGCACAGUAGGUGCUCAAUAAAUGUUUGCCCAGGGAAUUUUUAUUGUUAUGCGUUUACUGAAAGAGUCCAGAUUACUGUCAGGCGCCUAGUUAGAAACGUGGCCCCUACCAUUUUCUCGCUGGGGGGUGUUUGUAGGGAUCCUGUGCCUCAGUUUCACCAGCCCUGAAACGGGAUCUGAAAUAGCUGUUUCUGUGCGUGGCUGUGUAAGUUCGGUGUCAUUAAAGUGUGGUCAUUAAACCAAACGCCACGGGCACAACCCUGAUAGAGUUUGGCUUCCAGCAGGGCCCCUGCCCGCAGCCCCAUCUUCUCCCAUCAGGCCCCGCCCCAGUGGGCGGAGCCACGGCCCGGCCAGCACGUGUAAAAAAGUUCGCGGCCAGUCGCCUCAGCCACUCACCUGAGCGCACACGGCUCGCGCGUCCUCCGCCUGCCUCCCCUCCAGCUUGCCAGAUAACCCGGCCGCGACCUCAUGUCCCGCCGUAAGGCCGGCCGCACGCCCCGCCGAGUAGAACCUGCGCCCGUCGCCAACUCAGACAGCGACACGGAGAUGCGGGACCUGGUCAUCGACGUGAAUCCGGAGUCGAAUCCGUGGCUGCUACAGGCCCCGGGGCUGCGGCCCUCUUCCUCAAAGGAAGUGCCCGCGCCGGGGCGGUUCGAGGGUGAGCCCCGCUACUCCCCCGACAGGGUGCGCGCCGGCGGUCCCCUCCACGCCCUCGUCUCGCGGAACCAGUGUGUGUCCUGGACUCCUGUGAAACCUAAUCCUCACGACCGCCAGCCUUGGACCGACAAACACCCAGAUAUGUUGACCUGCGGCCGCUGUCUGCAGACCUUCCCGCUGAAGGCCAUCACUACUUUCAUGGACCACAAGAAGCUGGGCUGUCAGCUCUACAGAGACCCCAGCCCUCGCCCGGACUCAGACCGUGAGAACAUGAAGGCCUUGAUCUGCCUCCGCUGUGGCCGGCAGUUCACCAGGGCCUGGAAACUGCUGCGCCACGCCCAGUGGGACCAUGGACUGUCCAUCUACCAGACAGAACCUGAGGCCCCAGAGACCCCACUGCUGGGCCUGGCAGAGGUGGCGGCAGCCAUGUCAGCAGUGCUGGGGCCGGAAGUGGAGGCCAAGAGCUCCCGGGCCAGCAGCCUCCCCAAGCGGAGCCCCACCUGCCCCGUGUGCGCGAAGACCCUCAGCUCCUUCAGCAACCUCAAGGUGCACAUGCGCUCACACACGGGCGAGCGGCCCUACGCCUGCGACCAGUGUCCCUACGCCUGCGCCCAGAGCAGCAAGCUCAACCGCCACAAGAAGACCCACCAGCAGCUGCAGCCUCAGAGCUCCUACAUGGACAACCCCAGUCAGGAACAGGCCUCAGCGGCCCCUCCGGAGCCAGCUGUCCAUGCCGCUGCCCCAGCCAGCGCCCUCCUUUGCAGCCGUGAAGGGGCUGGGGCUGGAGCCGCGGACACGGCAGGUGUGCAGGAACCUGGGGCUCCAGGUGGUGGAGCUCAGGCUGGCCCUGGUGGGGAUGACUGGGGAGUUGCCAGCAAGGAAGAGAAAACCGACUCUGCCCAGAGCCCAGAGAUGUCACCCAAGAAGACGCCAAAGCCAGGGAGCAAGAGCCAUGGGCCCGGGGGCAGCUGCGAGUUCUGUGGGAAGCAUUUCACCAACAGCAGCAACCUGACGGUGCACCGGCGCUCACACACCGGGGAGCGGCCCUACGCCUGCGAGCUCUGCCCCUACGCCUGCGCCCAGAGUAGCAAGCUCAACCGUCACCGCCGCAUGCACGGCCUGGGACCCAAUGGUGCCCGCUUUGAGUGCCCCCACUGCCGCGUGCCCUUCGGCCUGCGGGCCACCCUGGACAAACACCUGCGGCAGAAGCACCCCCAGGCUGGUGGAGAGGCCUGAGUGGCAGACGUGCCCUCCCUGCUGUCGCCAGUACCACGUUUCACGUGUCUGUUGAUCUCGUCCUUCCCCUACUGUGAAUAAAUCCUCCCUCCCUCUA